GUGGAGACGACGAUGCCUCGGACAACGAACACGAAGUGUUUCCUGACGACCUUCCGGCUGAGUUUGUCGGAGGACCAGACUUCAUGUCAGCAGACGCUGAGAGAGACGAGCUGAGUUAUGAAGAUCUGGUGAAGCUGCGUGUGGAGCAGCUGGUGGUGAACAGUCGAGGUUACACUCAGGAGACGGCUCUGUCUCGAAGAGUCAAAGACUGGGAGGACAAGGUCCGACCGGAGCUGCUGCUGCAGGAGGAGCGUGCCGUGUUUGACAUCCACGAUUACGGCGACCGGAUCGUCGGUGCGUUGAACGGCGUCGGUCAGCGCAGAUCGUUCUCCUCCAUCGUCGCCGGUUUGGAUAACUUUGAAGCCUGCAAAUAUCUGCUGGCCUCACUGCAGCUGGCCAACGACUACACGGUGGAGGUGGACAGCGUGGUCGGUCUGGAGGACGGUCUGGAGGACAGUCUGGACACGAUGGGGCUGACGCUGCUCAGCACUCACAGAGCGACCGACAGAUUCAAAACCAUGACGGCCUCGACGUGAAACUCUGAGAGUUCAAAGACGAGCUCAUCACAUCGUCUUCGUUACACUCGUCACCAUCUUUCCUCUGCGUAAACUUUCUCUUGAGAUUUUUUACUUCUGUCUUUUUAAAAGAUGAUUCUUUUUCUGUCUUUGUGUCUCAUGAACAAACAGUUUUCUUUGAUUCAGCCGAUCAUUGAAUCAUGAUCUGUCCGUCUGUAAAAGCUCGUCUCUCACGAUCAAAAUGUUUUCCCCUCAACAAUUUCUGAAAAAAAUAAAAUCUGUACGGGAUGAAUUUGUUGCUUAAAACUAAAAAAACGAGGUUGGUGGUCUAUCAAAAACAUUUUCAGGAGCUUCUUGGUCACUGUGGCUGUGCUCGAACUCUUCACCCCAGCAUGUAGUGUGUAUUAAGUCGUGAACUAUAUAGGGAAGAGCCAAACAAAAUUUUAGACAAAGGUCCCCAACAUCAUGAAAUGGCCGGAUGCUAACUUCCACAUGUUGGGAAAUUUGCAUCAUUUGCCUAAUUUGCAUACGUUUACAGAAAUACGUUGUCAUUUAGAAAGUGACCGUCUCAAAAAAUACAAUUGUUCUAUCCACGUGUUAAUAAAAUUGCACAAUUUAUAACUGAUGUUAAGUGAUUUCUUUAUUUCAAAAACAAAAAAGAGUAAGUUACUAAUCCAUACAGACAUCCAUACAUCUAAAUGGAAUAAAACAAUAAUUAAAUCAUUUACCAAAUGUACAUGAGUUUGCAUGAAAGCAUAUAUUGUCAGCACUUCAGCAGCUGCUGAUCGGAUCUGGGUGGUUUUAUGGUUCUUGAGGAUGCUGAAUCCAUUUCUGAUAUUUUCUAAAUUCAGUUAGUGGAUUCUUCAAACCAGAGGUUUUGAAAGUUCUUGUUGUUGAAGUUAUUUCAGGUGAAAUAACCGAAAUAACUUCACAACAGUUAGAGUUAGUUUAACACAUGAAUAAAAUAAUUGGAUAUUUAGUCCAUCGCUUUUUAGCUGAGGUGUUUGUGUAAAUGUAUGCAAAUUAGGCAAAUUAUCCAACAUAUGAUUUCUAAGAAUACAAACAAAAAAAACCCAAAAUAACCACUUAUGUCAAACUCUGCAGCGAGUACUUUCCACUCUUUGACAACAAACGGAAAACUGCCAGCAGCAUAUUUAAUAAUUCAUUCUGAACAUUUGUACUUCUGUUAUUUAUUUCAGAGCAUCAUUUCAAUACUUUUAGUGCACAAACUCCAGCUGCCUUAACCCUUUGAUUAAUGAGAGAUUCAAGAUUAAAGGUGUAAAAGCUGUUUAUGGUUUCAAACAGAAGCUCUCAGAGUUUAAAUGUUCCAAAAUCCAAACAGAAACUCAAAUACUCCGUUUAUAGUUCGCUGUAGUUGAUGACGUGUUUGCUGACACAAACAGAAUAUUUGGGGUUU